AUGAAUCAACAACAACAGUCCAGACUCAUUACAGCACUGUCACAGCUCCAGCAACUCGGUUCCUCAUCCAGCUACCGCUUGAAGGUUGUGUUUGCUGUGUUUAGUGUGGCCCUUGAUAUGAUCGAUGCCCCUAUUUGGUCCUUACAUCCCGGCGCCUUGGAGCUGCAUCAGCUGGCAUAUUCAUUCUGUUGUAGCUCCAUUGGAUCCAUAAGUAGUAGUGUGACUACUCGACAAAUUAUGGACAUGGGUGGUGGCAACUGGGACAGAGGGGUAGUUAGUUGUGCUUUUUGGGCAGCUUUUCAUAACCCAGAGCGUGCUGUAGAUUACUUGUAUUCUGGAACUCCUGAAGCAACAGAAGCUGCUGAACCAAUUGCUCAGUUUCCAAUUAGUCAGACAACUGAAGCGAGUGGGGCUACUGUCAGAGCUGCUUCUGCUCCUGGCCCAAAUAUGCCCGCCCCAUCUGAAGUGCUGACUCUAAACUGCAUGCCCGCAGGCGCGGUAGAACCAGUGUUCAAUAUUUUCUGCUCCAAAUCGGGGGCAGAAAAUCAUUCUCCAUAG